AUGUCGCCCACACGGCCACCAUCACUGUUUCCAGCGUUUCUGGCACUGUUGGAUGCCCUGCUCUGCUUUUGUUUUGUGUUGAUUUUCGUCGUUGACGUCAACAUGAUGUACCUCGAAUUACCAGUAAUCAUUCCGUUGACAGGAUACUUACGCGCUUUAUUUGGAGAGCUCAAAAUGUUUCCUAAACCAGAGAUGGCCAAGAAAUAUUGGGAGAUGUCUCCGGGGGUCGCGGAGAAAUGCCGUAAUGCAGACCACGAAGUGCAGUCACAACCAGAUUCAACUUCUGAUUCUCACGGAAGCCAAAAUGUUAAGCCUAUCACAGUGGCGCCUGUACCAAAAACCUACAUUCGCAUGCCAAGGAAAGGCUUCCCACCAAAUCCUAUGCCGGAAAAUUAUGUGAGGCUUGAUCAAAUCACUGAUGAAUUGUAUGAUAAGUUCUGCAAAGAGGUUUUGGAUGACGCUCUACAACCAUGCACGCCGCAGGAACGAAAACUGCUUGACAAUAUGAGUUCAUCUGGAGACUUUGGAGCAGCUGUUGAUUUCUACGAUGAGAUUAUGGGAGAAUUGCCUGUAGUCAUGGUACACAUGCGUACUUCAAAGGUGUUCCUCUCCCCAUCUCUCAGAGAAAGGUGUAUUCAAAAGGUCAUAGCGGUGAAGAAAUUGGAAGCGAAUCCCAUAUGUGCGGCACUUGCUCACAUCCAGCAGCUAUUUGUUGGUUUUCCGCCAGAAAUUCGUUUACGCCACAUGUUGGUGGCUGAAUUGGAACGGCAAGAGCCGGGCACGCUGUCUGAAGACGACAAACGUUUGAUGGCGCUUCCGCCUUCAGCAAGAUUCACUGCUCGACCAGCGGCUCAUCUUCGACGUUGUUCUGUGCAAGAUACUCCAUCGUCUGCACAAGAGCCAGUUACACGACGAGUCUCUUCCAGAACUCCCAAGCCCAGGGAGAGGACUACGAUGGAUUCGAAAGGAGAGAUCAUUACGAUCGAUGCGACCGAAACACCUCCACUGUCAUCAGCCUCGAAAGCACCGCCUAUGAAACCAAAACCAUUAUACAUAAACAUGAUGGUACCACUCGACGACGCCAUUUACGACAAAAUUGCUUCAGUUUUGGCAGAGCGUUGUACACUGGAUAGUAUCGAAGAUGAACCUCUUCGCUUAGCGAUCGAAAAUAUAAGAGACAGCGGCGAAGUAAUGGUGGAGGAGUGGACCGAGGAACAGUUUUUCUGUCCACCUGGUUUGCGUUUACGUGCCAACGAUGAAGCAGGACGUAUUCAUCUCAGGAAAAGCGAAGUUCAUGAAGUACGUCUGGCGCAUGUGUUAUGCUACCUUCAUGAACGUCCCCAAAGUGAAAUCCUUAAUGCUGUCGACGCUCAGUACAUUGGAAUUGCUACGAAGACCAAUAUCGAUAUAGUUGCUAUGGAGGAAACUCUGUAUGGAGAGAGAUCGUACAACCAAGCACUGUUUCUCACGGAUUUGUACUCAGGGUAUACAUUUGCUCGAGCUUUGACCGAUAGCCCUGAUCUAGCUAUCAUAGUACGUCAUGUCAUGGAUAUUUUCGGAUCUUUUGGUCCGCCGGAGGUCUACAGGACUCAUUCAGCAGAGUAUUCACACAUAAUAGCAGAUGUUAUGCUAGAUAUUGAGAGGCUGUUCAAAGUGUCAAUCAAAAAUAUGGGUGCUGGGAGAAAUUUGACCCGUGACCUUUGUUCGUACUUUGUAUCGUCGUGCACACACCGAGUUAUUAUGUUUGCUCGUCACGCUUGGAGAGACGAAGCCUGCCCGCCAUGGGUUAGUCCGGAGCCGACAGAAGAGAUAGAGCAGGACCCAUCGCGGUUAAAGCCGCAGAAGAGAAGAAAAACGUUCCUUGCUUUGAUGAAGGAAGUCUCCAAAUAUGAUUUGUUGAAAGGAUCCCGCGUUGUGUUCCCAGCUCCUCCGAGGGCCCUUGGAAGAAAGCCGAUGCAAUACGUCCAGGAUCGCGAAGAGGAAGAAGGCGACAGCUCUCAUCUAGAUACUGUGAAGGAUUUGAAGAUGUAUGCCAACUCGUUGGUGAUGAGCCGAAAAAGGUUGAAACAACAGGUGCUACCGGUUUACGUACCGGUUUAUAACGAAGAAGGAAAGUUGGUCAAUCCCGGUACGGGGUAUUUGUUCCAACUCUACGACCGCAUUUACGUUCGAAAUCCUCACUACAAUCCCGAUUAUCGAGCAUCGAAGAGCAGAAGUCACAUAGCUCGCUAUUAUCGGGGUAUUAUCGUCGAUAUAGAUACCGAUCUAGUGGAAUCAAUGUAUAAGGUGUUAUACUGGGAGGAUGACCCACAUGAUGUCGAUGCUAUGAGUCCGUCAGAAUGGCCGGCUGCUGAUGACACAUAUGAUUGUGCGUCGUCCUGGUUUGGUCCAUGGGAUGUGACAGCUUCUACUGCUCAUCUGGCCAAGUUACGCACAGUAGCGCCGGAAUUCUGUACUGAAUAUACGACAACCAGGCGAAGAACCAUUGAUAUGCGAUGUCGAUGUGAGAGUCCAAGUUGUGCAGGGUUCGCGCACAUGAAAUGCCAGAGAAAGUUCUCUACCGAGUGUUGUCUGAAGAGUCCAUACGAUUGCGCUUUUCACAAGCAAGAUGAUCGCCAUCAGGAGGAAGAAGAUUCGCCUAUACCUGGCGAUAACUCAGCACUGUUCACAUCUCAGUUCAUGUUCCAGCAUCGUCAGUCAAGAGCUGCCGAGAUGUGUGGACCAUCCGGUUUUCCUAUCAAAUUGGACACUUAUACUGCAGAGGCCGAUUCUUCGCCAAAUCAAUCCUCUAGAGGGCAGAGACGGCCUCGUAUUCCGUAUUCCGCAAAUUCAGCUCCUGCUGCGCCAGAAAAGCGAUAUACAUUCCGGGAUGGAGUCUUGGUGGAAAUAUCGUCGGCCAGCGAAUUGGAAGGCCAACCACGUCGAGGAGCGCCACCAGUAACGAGAAAACGUAGACUUCCAGCAACUGACGAGGCAGCUGCUUUACAAUCGCCAUCGACCCGUACGGGGCGGGAGUGGCCUGCGAUUCCGACAUCAACUGGAAGAACAGAUUCAGUCGCUACUACAUCUGAUGACGGUGGUCACGUUCAGUUCGUCAGUCCUGAUCCGGAGUCCAUGCAUUCUCCUACACCAAGUCCCACCCCAUCGGCAUGCUAUGAAGUUGAAAUUAGCCCGGAUGACACAUCAGCGGCGCAGUCCAUCACACCUGAAGGAAGCUCUUGUAAUUCGGAUGCAACUCAGAAGAGUAAAAGAAGCACACCUCGUCUGCAAGAUCAAGACAGAGGGCAAAGCGCGAAUGGGAUUAGCUGGGACAUUCCCGAGAUGUCACUUCGACCACGUGUUGUACCUUCACGAGAUCAUCCUUACGAAAGAACAACGAAAACGAGUAGACCCCCCAGCCCAACAACGACUACAUUGGUGGUGGACUCAAUGGCAAAGAGGCUAGAAAAAGCGGUCGCAGCAGAACGACGGUCUUACUCGGCCAGAGCAGUCUCAGGAUCGAAUGAAGGAACUCCAACAUCAGCUUCAGAUGGAUCGAAAUCUACCUAUAGAUUGGCAGCGGUUCCGAGAUCCGCAUCGCACGUCCAUCCGUUCGAUGCUGAAUUAAUGGCGGUUGGUUUUAUUGAAUCGUUGUUUUUUGUUUGA